UUAAAAAAUUUAAAAUUUUUAAAAUAUAAUUCGCAGUAAUUCUCAACCUCCUUACACGCAUAGAACAUAUCAGUUGAUUACGUACAUCCUGCACGCUGUACACUAAACUUUGCGAUUCUGGAUUUUUCCGUUCUAAUUCGGCAGGGACAUUCCGAAUCCUUAUAGCAAUCAAUGUAAUUUUAGUUAUUGUAAUAAUUAUAAUUAGUUUAGGUAAGACGACUUUAUUUAAUUAAAUUCAGAAAUUCAAUUGUAAAGAAUAAUUAGACAAAUGUCAGGACUCGAUCAAUUAUUUGCAUAUCCUGGAGAUACAAGAGCAUUAUCACCUCAAGAUGCCGAUGCGAAGCUUAAAUUAUCAGGGAGAGUAUUAAAUAUUAUGACAUCUUUACCAACCCAAAUUUAUAAUGAUUAUAAUUAUAAAACAGGACAACAAGAUUGGAGAGUUGAAUCAGUUAGAGGUAAUUCAGCUCUUUAUUCAUCUCAUUUUUUUCUUGAUCAACAUACUGAAUGGGAAAGUCAUCUUAUUGCUUGGACAGGAGAAAUUGUUCAUCAAUCAGGUCGACAAAAUAAUUCAAAUACUGUAGUUGGUGAUGCAGAUGAUUCACUUUAUUUAGAUGAUAAAGAGAAACAAAAUUUAGAGACUUUAAUUAGGAAAUCUUGCAAAUCAGAAAAUGUUCAUCCAGUUUGGUUAUUACGUAAAGAUCAACAUAGAUGGAGGAAAUAUCCUGAAAAUGUUCUUUGGCCAGUAUUUCAUUAUAUUCAAGGUCAACCUUCAAAUGGUAAAGCAGAAACAGAUGCUUGGCAUGAUUAUGUUAAAUUUAAUGAAGUAUAUUUUAAUAGAAUAAAAACCAUUUAUAAACCAGGAGAUAUAAUAUGGAUUCAUGAUUAUUAUUUAUUCUUAUUACCUCAAUUAUUAAGAAUGGAAUUUCCUGAUGCUUAUAUAGGAUUAUAUGUUCAUGUACCAUUUCCUUCAUCAGAAUAUUUUAGAUGUCUUUCUAAAAGAAGUCAAAUUUUAGAUGGAAUGUUAGGAGCUGAUAAGAUUGGAUUUCAAAGUGAAUCAUUUCAAAGACAUUUCUUAUCAUGUGCUGCUAGAGUAUUAGGUUAUGAAGUUACUGCUAAUGAAGUAUUGGCUUAUGGAACAUCUAUAUCAGUAGAAACAUUACCAAUUGGUAUUGAUACUAAAAAGAUUAAUCAUGAUGCAUUUAGUAUUGGAAUUGAUGAAAAAGUAGCUGCACUUCGAGAAAUUUAUAGUGGAAAGAAAAUCAUUGUGGGAAGAGAUAGAUUAGAUCAAGUUAGAGGGGUAGCACAAAAGUUACAAGCCUUUGAAAUGUUCUUACAAAUGUAUCCAGAAUGGAGAGAUAAAGUUGUAUUAAUUCAAGUUUCAAGUCCAGCCUUUUCUCAUGGAGGUAAAGUUGAAAAGAAAGUAGCGGAAUUAGUUAAUCAUAUUAAUAGUGAAUAUGGUAAUUUAAAUUAUACUCCAGUAUUACAUUAUCAAAUGAGAAUUGAUAAGGAUGAAUAUUUUGCAUUAUUAAGAGUAGCUGAUUUAGCUUUAAUUACUUCAGUAAGAGAUGGAAUGAGUACAACAGCAUUAGAAUUUGUUAUUUGUCAACAAAAACAUAAUUCACCAUUAAUUUUAUCGGAAUUCACGGGAACUUCUUCGGUAUUAACUGAAUCUAUUUUAGUUAAUCCAUGGGAUUCCGUGGGGAUUGCCAAAACUAUGAAUGAUUGUUUUAAUAUGUCGGAAGAUAGUAAACGUAAUUUACAGGAAAGAUUAUAUAUUCAAGCUGCUUCCAAUACCAUUCAAAUUUGGACUUCCAACUUUUUAAGUCAUUUCUUAAGUCAUGUUUCAAGAACUCGUCAAUCUCAUUAUAUUCCAUCUUUGAAUCGUCCAUUAUUAUUAAAUAAUUAUAAAAUGAGUAAGAGAAGAUUAUUCUUAUUUGAUUAUGAUGGUACUUUAACACCAAUUGUAAAGGAUCCCGCUGCCGCUAUACCAUCGCAACGUUUGAAUGAUAUUUUAGAUUCAUUAUCAGCCGAUCCAAAGAAUCAAAUCUGGAUCAUAUCUGGACGAGAUCAAGCAUUUUUAGAUAAAUGGUUAGGAUCUAAAAAUGUUGGUUUGAGUGCAGAACAUGGAUGUUUUAUGAAAGAUAUUGGAUCUAAAGAAUGGGUUAAUUUGGCUGCAUCAUUUGAUAUGUCAUGGCAAAAGAAAGUAGAAGAAGUAUUUAAAUAUUAUACUGAAAAGACUCCUGGAACUCACAUUGAAAUUAAGAAAGUUGCCCUUACUUGGCAUUAUCGUCGAGCUGAUCCAGAAUUAGGAUCUUUCCAAGCAGGUAAAUGUUAUCAACAAUUACUUGAUACAGUAGCUAAAGAAUAUGAAGUUGAAGUUAUGACUGGUAAAGCCAAUAUUGAAGUUAGACCAAGAUUUCUUAAUAAGGGAGAAAUUGUUAAACGACUUGCAUUAAAUCCUCAUGGUGCAAAGCAAGACACUCAUGCUGUUAAAAAGACUAGAGAAGAUAUUCCAUUAGAUGAAUUACCUGAUUUCAUGUUAUGUUUAGGUGAUGAUUUAACCGAUGAAGAUAUGUUUAGAUCAUUAAAAGAUAUUGAAAAUGAAUGGCAUUUGAAUGAUUUACCUAAGAAUGAAUAUGGAACUUAUGGAGUUUAUCCGGUGGCCGUGGGUCCUGCAUCCAAAAAGACGAUUGCAACUUCACAUUUAAAUGAACCAUCUCAAGUUUUAGAAACUUUGGGAUUAUUAACUGGUCAAGUAUCAUUGUUUGAAAGUGCAGGUUCAGUCGAAUUAGAUGAUAGAGGACAUAUUGCUAAUAGUGCAUCAUCGGAAAGAUCUAAGAGUGCUAUACGUGCUGCAACAAUAAGAAGAAAGGAAUUUAAGGAGAAAGUGUAAGUAGCAGUAAAUUAAUUUUUACUAGUUAGAGUUACAGUUACAGUUAAAGUUACAGUUUAAGUUUAAGUUAUUGACAGUGACAGUGACAAUUACAGUUAUUGUUACUGUCACUGUUACAGUCACAGUUAUGAUUUUGUUAUGGUUGUUUUUCAUAUAUUCGUUUGGUUUUGCAGACAUUCCGUUCUCUUCCUCUAUAUCCCCAUAUAACC